AAUCUAAUCAUGUUUGUCCCAAAUAGGUUAUUCUAUUAAAAGCAAAUUCUUAAAUAAAAAUUUGUCCGUUUCAAACUGUUGGUUUUGCCCAGCAGUGAAUGCUGAAAGACAGAGAGGUUUCUGACCUGUUUGGGUUAGCAACAAUUGCUGUGAGUUGUUAUUUUAUGCCAUGCAGAGCCCAGAUGUCCAAAGAUUUCCACUAUGCAGCAGAAAUAUCCCAAAAUGUCCCCAUAAUACACAUCCUCACAAUGUGGUCCUCAAAAAUCCUCACAAACACAACAGGAUGGCCUAAAACACCACCCAUGCCCCGGUCCAGUGUUAGCUUCAUAUCUACAAAAAACCUAACAUGCAGUAAUCACACUUCAGAUAGACCCUGUCCACCAAUCACAGACUGUAUCCAGACUGACGCCACGCCCACAAGAUGUAUAAGAAGACCAGGACCUGCAGCCGGAGCUCCACAUCCUUUAGGUUCACAGUCAAACUAGAUCCAGUACAGAUUCCUGAUGGUGGUGGAGGUGAAAAGCCGCAUGGAGGUGAUGGAGCCAAACCAGCAGAGGGUGGAGGCAAACAUUCUGCUGCUUGGGGUGCACAACGUGGGCAAGACUGCUCUAACGGUCAGAUUUCUGACCAGACGAUUCAUCGGAGAGUACGGAGAUAUCGAGUCGAUUUACAGUCGAGUCGACAGAGUCGAUGGUCAGGAGAUCUGCAUCAACAUCUGGGACUCACAGGCUGAAGGGAAAACCUGCUCCGUCAGCGACAAGCAGCUGCAGUGGGCAGAUGGGAUGGUGCUCGUCUAUGACAUCUGCGACCGCAGCAGCUUUGAGGCGAUUCGCCAGCAGCUGCAGCUGAUCCGUCGCAGCAGGAAGAUGUCGUCUUUGCCUGUUGUCAUCGUGGGAAACAAACGUGACCUGCAGCAUCACCGCAGAGUCUCCGGCGAGGAGGGACAUCUGCUCGCUCUGACGGAGCGCUGCGGCUUCUUCGAAGUGUCCGCGGCCGAGACGUACCACGGCGUCUUGUUGGUGUUUCACCGGCUGGUCGACCUCGUCAGGGAGACCCGGGCCCUGAGGAAGAGUAUGGCGGGAGUCAGAGGGAUCGUCAGGAGCAUGUCGGCGGUGUUUGGGAAAAAACGAGCCGAAUGAACUCGCGUGUAGGUCGUUUUUACGGAUUUAGAUGAAAUGUAGGCGGUGAGGAGCUCCUGUCCGAUACCUUCUGAGAACAGUCAAAGAUGAGGCAGGCUGAAGAAGGUUGAGAGAACGAUUCUUUGUUUGAAAGUCAAAGAAGUUGGUGAAAUAAGUUGUGCAGAUGUUUGGUUUGGGAUGGAAGUGGGCCUAGAAGCAAAGAUAGAAGAAUAAAGGGGGCUAAGAGAGACUGGGAUGGAGUUUGGUUUACGUUCUUCAGAGGAUGAAUCCUGGUGACCUGAACCAGAUGCUCCACUAGUGACACCAGAGUCUGGGAGUUACUGAGUCCAGUGCAGAAGCUGACUGGGUGCUCAGAAAGAUCUCCACAGAGGAUGACUCCUGCUGACUGAGGUCUUCUAGCUAGUCAACACGGUGCCCAAAAUUCAGCUGAGCCAUGAAGUGGACUCUGUUUUCUUAGUUUAGUCUUAUGGAAAUAAAAAACGUUACACCUUCCUAAAAAAAGUGGAGGGGUUUCCUGUCAGAGUUCAUGAACUCUGCAGGCAGCAGGAGGCUCCGGUUUCCUUUUGCUAAUAAGCUCCUAAAUAACUUUAACUGGAUUUUAUCAAGGCUAUAAAGGUAACUUGCAGAAUUUUGUCUUUUUCAGACUUCACAGCAGAGAUGAACAAACUGUUUGUAGAUUCUCAUCUGAAUGUUUUAAAUAAGCAAUAAAUAAUACAAAGUUAUCACCUUUUUCCUCUGAAAGCUGUAAAUGUCCACAAUCAGAGACAAAUGUGCUGCAACCUGCAGGAACCUUGAACCUAAGGAUGUUCGUGAUGUUCAGCUGUACAGAAAUCUGUAUAUCUUCAAGUUUCUGUUGUGAAAAUGUGUUACAAUCUGUUUUUCUGCAAUGAAACCUGAAUAAAAUCAGUCUGUUUCCAAUCAA